AUGUCUCAAUAUGUUAUGUCUUUCAUCAACAACAACAACAUCAUUGUCAGCAGACACAGUCAGGAGCAAUUUUUCACCAAGACCAACCUCCACAACAUCCUCCUCUUCCGAUCCUGGAGCCAAGGCCUUGCUACCCUCGCCAAUUUUUCUGAUGCUCCACACACCACCAUGGAGAUCAUUUUUGGGAUGGUCCUCAAGACCCUGGACACCAUCAAUAAAAGGGUCCACAGCCUCAACCCAGCCAAUCAUAAAAAGAUCAUUGAUGUCAAGUUCAACUCCCUCCAAGGUGUUUGGCAGGCUAAACAAAGAGUCACCUGA